ACGAGAUGAGACAGACAGUAGUAUCUUGAACGUCGAGCGAACCCUACCCAUCUCCGCAGUCCACAAAUCCGCACCCAAAGCAAGCCCAACGAAACCCAGACGGCAACGAGACAGUUGUCAUCUCACUCCACCGCACCGUCCGCGCACGGCUCGCCGGCCGUCAGUCACAGCACGACACCAUCCGUUCCUGGCCUUCCUCCUGUGCAACUACCACUCGCGUCACCGCGGAAAUUAACCCCGAAAUCCAGCGCCUUCGGCACGAGCACGAUCAGGCCUGCGCAGGAGAUGGGGCGGAGAGGGGAGCCCUACUACGUCGAGGCGGUGCCGCCGGUGGACGUGAACAAGAACACAGAGUGGUUCAUGUACCCGGGCGUCUGGACCACCUACAUCCUCAUGCUCUUCUUCGCCUGGCUUCUCGUCCUCUCCGUCUCUGGUUGCUCCCCGGGGGCAGCCUGGACCGUCGUCAACCUCGCGCACUUCGCCAUCACUUACCACUUCUUCCAUUGGAAGAAAGGAACCCCUUUUGCUGCUGAUGACCAAGGCAUCUACAGCAGAUUGACAUGGUGGGAGCAAAUUGACAAUGGUCAGCAGCUUACUCGGAACAGGAAGUUUUUAACUGUGGUACCUGUGGUGCUGUAUCUUAUUGCGUCGCACUUGACCGACUACAAGCAGCCGAUGUUUUUUCUCAACACGAUUGCAGUUUUCGUGCUGGUCGUGGCAAAAUUGCCGAACAUGCACAAGGUCCGCAUAUUUGGAAUCAAUGCAGACAUCUGAGGACGGCUGCAAGAAGUACAUGGAUGCGAUGCCAUGAUGUUAUGAACAAGCAGUGUGUUUCUCAAACUCGACACAACUGCCUGUAAUAUAUGUACAGGUUUAGAAAGAACUGUAAAUGAAUGAUACUCUAGGAUACAAGGUUUGCCUGCAGACUGCUCUGUGUUGCCGUUGCCGCUGCUUUCUUUUGAGUUUCACUGAAAGUGGAAACCAUAACUUGGGUAAAUGUAACGUUCGGUUUUCAGCUUCAGCAAGACAAUAGUUUACCAA